CCCAUCAUUGGUAUCAGUGGGAGGAGUAGUGCCCCAUCAUUGGUGUCAGUGGGAGGAUUGGUGUCCCAUCUUUGGUAUCAGUGGGAGGAAUGGUGUCCCAUCAUUGGUAUCAGUGGGAGGAAUAGUACCCCAUCAUUGGUAUCAGUGGGAGGAAUGGUGUCCCAUCAUUGGUGUCAGUGGGAGGAAGGUACCCCAUCAUUGGUAUCAGUGGGAGGAAUAGUGCCCCAUCAUUGGUGUCAGUGGGAGGAAUGGUGUCCCAUCAUUGGUAUCAGUCAGAGGAAUGGUGCCCCAUCAUUGUUAUCAGUGGGAGGAAUAGUGUCUUAUCUCUGGUGUCAGUGCAAGAAAUAGUACCCCAUCAUUGGUAUCAGUGAGCGGAAUAGUGUCCCAUCUCUGGUGGCAGUGCAAGGAAUAG